AUGACCACCGAACCCCCCACCACCCACACCCCCGGCAUCUUCUACGUCGCCUCGCGCAUCUCCAACCCCAACCUCCCCGUCCCGCUCUUCACGACCUGGUACAACCUCAUCCACAUCCCCGACAUCCUCAAAACCUCCGGCAUCCGCUCCGCCACGCGCUACACCUCGCUCUCCCCCGCCACAGCACCGAAGCCAUACCUCGCGCUCUACCCCUGCGAGCUCGAGUUCCUGUCAUCAAAGGAGUUCCUCACGGACAUCCCCUUCGCGAGCGAGCUGCUGAAAGUGCCGGAUGAGAAUGGGGUAGAGGGGGACGGGAGCAGUUUCAAGGUCGCGGACUUCGAUACGAGGGGGUUUGAGACGUUGGGGGAGUGGAGUAAGGAGGAGCGAAAACCUGGACCCUCCCCCUUCCUCGCCACCGUCCUCUUCAACAGCUCCGCCACCUCCACCGAGCGCCUGGCCAUCGAGUGCGCGCUGCACGGCCUCGUGCCGUCCCGCACGCGGCUGUAUAAGCUGAAUUUCGUGUGGGGCCGGGAGGAGAAAGCCAAGUCUGAGGAAGAGGAGAAGAAGCCCGCGGGGUAUUUGGCCCUGCACGAGUUCAGCGAGGAGGAGUUUUCGCGGGACGCGUUUAGGACGGCGCAGGGGGCGAUGAAUGGGGAGGAGGUGGAGGUGCAGGGGUAUGAGUUGAGCUUUGCGGCGGGGGAGGUGGAGUAG